GUUCGGUGUGGUUGCUAAUCGGCUCAAUUUCCUCUUCAUACAUGGUACUCGAUGAGUUUAAUUGAGUUUAAUGGUUCUCUUUUUUGGAGAAGCUUUUAAAUCCUUAAAACUCCAACAACAUGGCGAUUGCAACGGUAACCUGUCCACGAUCCCCCAUCAUUUCACUGGAUCGACCAAAAAUGGCGGAUUCAAGUUCCGGGUUACCGCCAUUUAACGACGACGACAAUACCCACAAAGACGUCCCAAAUAUUCCGGUUGAGAUCGUGAGCGACGAGGAAAUGGCCCUAAUCGAAGCUGCCUUAGCCGCCGCCGUCACCACUGCUCGAUCUUCAAGCUCCGCCAUUCAUCCACCUUCUUGUUCGUCUCAGAAUCUCUUUAACACCAGGUCUAUUCACUCUAUUACUCUUCUAUCCAAAAGGGGCCUCCCUUCUUCCCAGCUAGAUAUCGAGGAUCUCUGCAAAUCUUCGAGUACCCAGAAGAAGAUCAAAGUCAAUGAAUCGCUUCUGCAACGUUUUAGAAGGACUAAGGGGUUGGCCGUCACUGAUAUUACUCGCACGGAAUGGUGUGAAAAACAGAUGGAGUUAUGUCUUCUUUCUGGAGUUAGGAAGAAAACAAAAGCUAUGGAAGCAGGUAUUGCACGCCACGCCAUGCUUGAAUCAGAGGUUGUAAAAAAAGUCAAAGUUCAGGUGAAAUCAGCUGAAGAUAAUUGGGCUUUGAAGCUUCUUAAUUUUACAUUUGGUGUAAACCAACUACUGUUUGAAGGAUUGACUCGGGAACUGCCUGUAAUGGGGUUAGUAGAAGGUGUAUGGAUGGUUGGUGUGAUUGAUGAGAUCCAAAUGUUGGAGAUUGGUACCUGCAAAGUUCCAAUGUUGAUAGACACAAAAACUCGUAUGCGACAUACAAUUCCUGCUGAACCACAACAAAGAAAUGGAAAGCUUCAAUUAAUGUGUUAUAAGUUCUUAUUGGACUGUCUGAUCUGUGAUGGCUUCUCUACCAGACAGUUUUUUGAUUUCUUUUCUUUGAAUCCUCAUUCCAUCUUGUCGGAGGAAAUUGCCGACAGUACUGUUUCGUUUGGUUUCACUGCAAAGACCCUUGAUGAUGUAGUGAGAUACUACAUAAACUGUUGUAGCAUGUUGCCUCCUACUCACAAUCAACUCUUACUAAGAUAUGAAUCUCAAAAAGAUCAAUCUAUUAUCGGGGAAGAUGAAUUUGCAUAUGAUCAUGGUUGGCUCAAGAGUCAACUCGAGACCUCACUCCAGGUCUGGCAUGGACAACGAGAACCCGAAUGUACUCCUCCCGAAGAACGAUGGAAAUGUCGACAUUGUCAAUAUGCUUCCAAUUGCCCUGCAAAUGCUAGUCUCGACCCUACUCGAAAACCCGAGUAAUUCAUCUAAAAAUGUCAACCAAGACUAUCUUAUACAAGGUUAUGGUUCAUACUCCCACUAUUCCCGUUCGAAGCUACAAUUUAAUGUAAGCUAGUGAUUUAUUUUACUACAGAUAUAUUGUAUUAUUUCAAAAGUUACAAUAUUAUCGACAAUUAUAAAAGAAACCGUUAAGAAAUUUAUAUAGAAAUUACGUUCUGGCAUUGACCAGUAACGAUCAACUUAUGUUCGA